UUCUCUCCUCGCAUCGCCGGAAACUUUGUCGCAGAAGCAGCGAUUCGCAAAACUAAUAAACUUCCAAAACCAAAAGUGAAAUCAAAGAAUCCCCAAAAAAAUGGAGAACAGAGAAGAUCUCAACUCAAUCCUCCCAUUCCUCCCGCUUCUACUCCGUUCUUCAUCACUCUACUGGCCACCGCGCGUGGUUGAAGCUCUAAAAGCCAUGUCCGAAGGCCCAUCUCACUCCCGAGUCGACUCAGGAGAAGUUCUAUGGCAAGCAAUCUCCGAUAUGAGGCGAUCACUUUCUCUAUCGACUCGCCUUCUCUCCCCUUCUGCUCCUAAAGGCUACGCCUUUCUCUUCGACGAAGUGAGUAAUUUGAUUCAUGGGAGAGAGUCGAAGAGGUGGUUUGAUGAAUUUAUACCUGCGUUGGCGAGGUUACUUCUUCAGCUUCCUUAUCUGUUGGAAAUGCAUUUUCGGGAGGCUGAUGACGUUGUUGGUGGAGUUAAGACGGGUUUGCGGUUGUUAGAGCCUCAACAAGCUGGCGUAGUUUUACUCAGCCAGGAGUUGAUCGGAGCUCUUCUUGCAUGCGCUUUCUUUUGUUUGUUUCCGGUUUCUAAUAGAAGUGCAAAAGACCUUCCAGUCAUCAACUUUGAUCAUUUGUUUGCGAGCCUUUAUGAAAGUUAUAGUGAAAGUCAUGAAAGCAAGAUACUGUGUAUCAUGCAUUACUUCGAAAGGGUGUGCUCCUGUAUGCCCACUGGGACUGUUUCAUUUGAACGCAAGAUUCUUCCAGCUGAAUGCCACAAUUCUUCUACCACUGCUCCUGACGCUGAUUUUUGGAGCAAGUCUGACAUUUCCCUUUGUGCUUUUAAGGUUCACUCUUCUGGGUUAAUAGAAGAUCAGCCUGACAAUGCUCUGGAAGUGGACUUUGCAAACAAGUAUCUUGGAGGUGGAGCCCUAAAUAGGGGGUGCGUACAGGAGGAGAUACGCUUCAUGAUCAACCCUGAAUUGAUUGCUGGCAUGCUUUUCUUGCCUCGCAUGGAUGACAAUGAAGCUAUAGAAAUAGUUGGUGCAGAAAGAUUUUCAUGUUACACAGGGUAUGCAUCUUCAUUCCGGUUUACUGGUGACUACAUUGACAAGAAGACAAUGGAUCCUUUCAAAAGGCGAAGAACAAGAAUUGUUGCAAUAGAUGCAUUAUGUGCCCCGAAGAUGAGACAUUUUAAAGAUAUAUGCCUUUUGCGGGAGAUUAACAAAGCUCUAUGUGGCUUUUUAAUUCAUAGAAAAUCUUGGCAGCACCAGAGUCUAUUCAUAGAUAAAGGAGAGAGUGAAAUGCAGCUUGACAGCAACGACAAAGAUGCUGGGCUCUUGCAUACAGAAACCUCUACGUCUCAUGGAACUCCAUUAAAUGAUGUCGAGACAAAUAGAGAAAAGCAUGCUAGCAAUUUUGUCAGAGAUGUGGAAGGAUCCGAUUGCCUGGAUCAUGAAGAUGUUGGUGUAGCGACUGGGAAUUGGGGAUGUGGUGUUUUUGGAGGGGACCCAGAACUAAAGGCUAUGAUCCAAUGGCUUGCUGCUUCACAGGCGCAGAGACCAUUUAUAUCAUACUACACUUUUGGAGCAGAGGCCCUCGAAAACCUAGAUCAAGUAACCAAGUGGAUUCUUUCCCAUGAUUGGACCGUUGGAGAUCUCUGGAACAUGGUGCUAGAAUAUUCUGCUCAAAGGCUGUGCAAGCAAACAAAUCUUGGCUUCUUCUCUUGGCUACUUCCAUCUCUAGAUACCACCAAUGAGGCUACCUGGCCGUCUUGACUGUGCAAAUCCGCCUUGAUCAAGUUGAUUGCCGCAUUUCAUAGGUUUUUUCCCACACAGAUAUGUAAAAGUGAUUAUUCUCAACUAACAAGCAUGCAAAAGUUGUAUUAUCGCCAGUCCUUGAUCAUCAAGCAUCAUUCAUUAAAUGCACUAGUCAUGCUGAUUUAUGCCUUAUGGUACUGGUCAAGUGUUUAAAUCACUCUUAAUAUUUUAAUGAAACAAGUUCUUUUGUCUUGUUAUGCUGAAAUUUCCCGGUCACAAACCCUUGUUGACAGUGUAAACUGUAAAUGAAUGGACUGAGUCUUUGAGGACAACGUGUUCUUGUUUGACUUUGGUGCCGUCUGUUAUAAA